AUGGCGGAUAAAAUGGAACACCCAUCAUCAUCAUCAUCAUCAUCUCCAUGCGCAUCAUGCAAACUGCUGAGAAGAAGAUGUACAGAAAGCUGCGUGCUGGCUCCAUUCUUUCCUCCAAAUGAGCCACAGCGAUAUAUAGAGGCUCACAGAGUAUUUGGAGCAAGUAAUAUCAUUAAAAUGCUGGAAGGAAUUGCAAUGGAGAUGAGAGCAGAUGCAGUGAACAGCAUGGUGUAUGAAGCCAAGGCCAGGCAUAGAGAUCCUGUGUAUGGGUGUGCUGGAAUUGUUUGGAACCUCCAUCAACAGCUUACCAAAUUGCAGGCAGAGAAGGCCAUUCUCCAGGCACAGCUCAAUGGGGCUCUUACUUGUACAUCUACUGUCAAUCAGCAGCUUCUCAAAUUGCAGGCAGAGAAUGCCAUUCUGCAGGCACAACUCAAUGGGGCUACUACUGCAGCAUUUAUUGCCAAUGAAAACAACAAGGAGGAACUUUUGAAGCCACAGUCCGAGACCAGAGAUCCAUUAUGA